AUGCAACAACCACUAAGUUUCACCGAAACCCCAAUAGAUCCAAGUUUAAUGGCAUAUAUCCAGAUUAUCCUCAAGAACAAAGUCUAUUCAAGUCAAGACAUUCUUCAAACACAAAACAAAACACGUAAAGAUCUUGAAGGACUGUUUUAUUCACUGAUUGAAGAAUCGGAAAGGAAUCAACAAUUCUUCAGUUUCGUUUACAAAGAUUACCAAUUGAGCGCUUUUGUCAAUGCAAUUGGAAAAUUUAUUUAUAAAGAGCUAAAAAGUAUGCAAUGCCAAAUGUCAUUAAAAAAAGCCGAAUAUUAUUCGAAUGCGGCAAGAAAAAUCAACGAAUUACUAUAUUAUAUUAAAUUAAAUAACGAUAAUGAAGCUGCUCUCAAGUUUAAUACUGUGGAAUUUAAGCGCAAUGUUGAACAUGAGAGUAGCCAAGAUCCAAAUGUGCUUCAAUUAUUUAAUCAAAUAUGCAAGCUUGAUAUUUUUGGUAAUUUUAAUCUAUACGAUGAAGCUCCUGAUAUUUCAACUAUGGUUCACUAUAUUGAGGAUUUCUCAAAAUUUUCAAAAGAACAAAUUGAGUAUUGUCCACCUACUGAUUUCGAUAUUUACUUAGAGCAAUUUCUUAUCAGCGCGAACUAUUAUCCAGCAAUCUCAACUCUUGCCAAACAGUUUGUUCAAGAUUUCAAAAACCCAGAAAUUAAACUUGUAAAAGUCAGCACAAAUGAUAUUUAUAAGCUUUCCAAAGAAAUACUAGAUGAUGUAGGUAUAUCUGGAAACUCUCUGUCAAGUAUUUUACUUCAAUCUUCAAUGUAUAGAUUUUUUUUCAACCUAAUUGCCUCUGAUUUAGAUAUUUUCAAUGUAAGUUUAGAAGAUUUUGAACUUUUUUCUGAUAAAUGUUCAAAAAUAAAGAAAUUUACUGCUCGCGAUUUAAGAUGUAGUGAGAAUCAUAUUCCAAAAGGAUAUCUAGAUACUCCAAUAGAGCAGCUUGUCCAAUCAUUUCAAGAGUACAAAGAUAUUUUACAAUUAAUUGAAUCCACUCAAUUUCUUACAAACCCUUUUGAUAUCUUAUGGACUCUUAAUUCCAGUUUCAAGAUUUUGGAAGCUAUUGGGGAAAAGUCAUACAAAGAAAACACAAAUAAGCCAGAAAAUUCAGAAUCUACUCUGGCAUUCGAUGACUUUUUCUCCAUAUUUUGGCCAACAAUUGCUGCUUCUCCAAACCCAACACUUUAUAUUUUCUCAGAAAUAAUGGAAAAAAUAACUGGAAUUGACUUAAUUAACUUUUCCUUUCCAAUGACAUUAAUUGGCUCAACAAUACACUACAUUAAGGAGUUUGACAAAACAAAAUAG